AUGCUUCGCCAGUCACAAAACUCUAUCCGCCGCUUUUCAAAUGGCCGAACCUUGCUCAACUUAUUUGGUGGUGGAAAAGACGUGAAAGGAAUGCCCCAAAUGGCACCCUCAGGAAAAUCUGAAACCACUAGUAAUCCGGCUGAUCUAUUCAAGAAGAAUGAUAUAUUGAUGUUUUCUCAAAAGCCCAUGAAUUACAUUGAGUCUGUUAAGAAGAAUGGAUUUCAUCUCGCAAACAACCUAUUAAUCACGUCUCCUAAUAAAGCUGGAAAUGAGAUUGGAACGCUCCUUCUAGAUACUGAGAGCUUCGAAGUCAAUCUAGCUGAUGGAGGCUAUAAAUUUAUCAACGGUUUCAUUGUUGAUUUUGAUGAACAAACGCUAUUGCUGUUAUUCGAAAAGGUGCAUCCAAAGCCAGAGAUUGUUGUUUUUGGUUUAGGAAAGAAGUCAAGGGUGCUCUCAGAGCUGAAUAAGCGCUUCAUGAGUAAUCUAGGCAUCCAAUUGGAAAUUGGUGACUCUAAGAAUGCGGCGAAGAUUUACGACUUGUUAGCAACUGAAAGACCGGGUGUGAUUGGGGCCCUACUAUUGCCUCCCAAUGUGUAG